GAAGGGUCGGGCGCUAUAGAGGAGGGUUCUGGACAAGGAUGGACAUGAGCAGCGAGUCGAGCGCGGCUAGGUGGUACGAGCCACCUAGAUCCACCCUGGAGCCGCCCUCGGGAGGCGCUGGAGUCGCCGGAGUCGUCGGCAACCCCACCGACUACAGGGGAUACUACCCUCACGCUGCACCCACCCCGCAUCACCCCGCCGCCGCGGCUGCCGCACACUAUGCUCAUACAAGGAUGUCGAGCAGCGGCGUGACGAGCGGGCCGGUGAGCCAAGUGUGCCGGCCGCACUUCCACAGCUCGGUGCUGCACCCGUGGCUGGCGGGCAGCGGCGCGGACACGUCGAAGACGCCGUGGGGUUUCCCGACGUCGACGGGCUCGGGCGGCGGCGGCGUCGGCGACGAGAAGCCGCAGAGCCCCCUGGGCUCGUCCCUGCCGCCCAGCACCGGCAGCCUGUCGAGCCACGGCGGCGCUGGCGCGGGCCACCACCUGUUCUCGUUCCCGCCGACCCCGCCGAAGGACGCGACCCCGGACAGCAUCACGGCCAGCACGACCUCCACGACGAACAACAACAACAACAACAGCAGCGCGAACAACAACAACAACAGCAGCAACCCGUUGUCGGGCCUGGGCGGCGGCGCGAGCAGCGAGUACCAGGCGGCGGUGGCGCACGCGGCGGUGAUGGGCGCGUUCAUGCACCAUCAGGACGCGUUGGGCGCGUCGGGGGCCAGCUCGUGCGACGUCAAGCCGAGCGUGAUGCUGGGCCACCACCACGGGGCCCCGUCCCCGCCCCACCAGCAGCACAACGGGACCACGAACGCCGGGAACCAGGGGAACGGGGCGAACGGAGGGUCCGGCAGCGGGCAGGUCAAGCAACGAGAAGGUAAUAACCAAUCGGGCAGCCAACAGGCCACCACCGCGCAACAACAGCAACAACAGCAGCAGCAGCAACAGCAGCAACAGCAGCAGCAACAGCAACAGCAGCAGGAGUAUCAGGGAAACGGCGUGGCGGCCGGCGGCGGGGGUGGUGGCGGUGGCGCGAGCUCGCCCUCCUGCAGGGACAAUUACGCGGCCGCCGCUGCCGCCGCCGCCGCGGCCGCGGCCGCGGCUGCCUCCAACAGCCACCACACCGGGUCGCAGUACGACCCGGCUACCAGCGCCUAUAACAUGUACCAGCACCUGCAGUAUCCUAGUAAUGCCCACCACCACCACCACCACCAUCAUCACGGCGCCUCCUCGUCGUCUUCUACGUCUUCGUCCCACAACCCCCACAACGGGACCGCCGCGGUCACCUCGGGUCUCUUCGGGCAUCAUGCCGCCGGGACUGGGGCCGCGGCGGCUGGGAACGCGACCGGCGUGGCCGGCGUUAACGUCGACUCGAAGUUGUUGGUCGGUCACGCGCACCCUAACACGCCGAGCUCGCCGUCCUCCGCGCAGCAGCAGCAGCAGCAAAAGCCCAGGAACAAGUCGAGGACGUCCGCCGAGGGCCGCGAGUGCGUCAACUGCGGCGCUACUUCGACGCCGCUGUGGAGACGGGACGGCACCGGACACUAUCUCUGCAACGCCUGCGGACUCUACUACAAGAUGAACGGGCAGAACCGACCUCUCAUCAAGCCGAAACGACGCCUGUCGCUGCAGAGUGCGGCGAGGCGGGCGGGCACCAGCUGCGCCAACUGCAAGACUGCGACCACCACGCUAUGGCGGAGGAACCAGGCCGGCGAGCCAGUUUGCAACGCGUGCGGCCUCUACUACAAGCUCCACAACGUGAACCGGCCGCUGACGAUGAAGAAGGAGGGCAUACAGACGCGGAACCGGAAGCUCUCGUCGAAGAGCAAGAAGAAGAAGGCCGGCGGCUGUCUGGGUCUCGGGGGCGUGAUGGGCGACAUGAUCAAGGCCAGCGGACACCUGGACCUCGAUAACAAGCCGUUCCAUUCCGGAUUCGGUUCACCCAUGGGCACGUCGCAGCAUCAUCACACGAUGCAUCCGGCGAUGCAGCAUUACAUGUAUCACACGGGUGUCGGCGUGGCCGGAGGUCUUCAUCAAGGAUUUGCGCCACCGGCACCGCCCCCCAUACACCCGCACUCGCACUCGCAUUCCCAUUCCCAUCACAUGACCAGUCUUCAGGGUCUCCAGCUGGCCGCGACCACGAACGCGAUGACCGGUUGGCGAUCGGAGUACACAUGAAUCACGAGCGACCACCGGCUCGGGACGCAUCCCGGCACUCUCGUUCGAGCGUAAUCGAGUCGCGCUCCCCCCCUCUGCCCCCCUGCUCGAGCGCGGACCGGGAGGGGGCAGAGUCGCGCGAGAGAUAGCGGGGAGUCGAGACCGAAUUUUCCAUCGCGACGAUUCUCAACGUUUCCCCCUCACCCCCCAGCCCCUCCCAAUCGUUUCUCUCUGUCCCCCCACCUCUGCCACCACCGAAAUUUUCGCGGUCCCGCGUCGCUGUGUAAAUAUGUAAAGUUCUAAAUCCAGAGGGCCUACGAGCCCCGGCCCCAAGUACAAACGAAGUCAGCUAACUUGUAUCGAGUCUAAUUAAUACACUGUACAUAUUAUACGAGCCGUAAGCAGAAUAUUUCCGAACGAUCCCCGCCCCCACCAGCCCACCCCUCGAGCGCGAUUCGCCGUUCGGGAAGGUUCGACGAGGUUCGGCCGUAGGCUCCGCCCACCGUGGGACCGGCGACACCGAGCUGGACGAAGGCGAGCCAGCGUGGAGCCCGGACAAAGCCCUGUGUGACCAGGUACCGUCGCGUCCGGAGCCGAGGUUGUUCAUAGAUUGUGGGAGGAGCGACCGGAAGUCGCCGGGGUAUGAAGCCCCGGGGGCCCCGCGGAGUCGGUCCUCGGCGGCCAGUGGACGUUCUAGCGUGUAAGUGUGCUGUUAUUCGUGCGGAAUCGUCGCGAGAGACGUCGUGCAAUCUUCAGAGUUUCGUAUUCGGUCGCGUUCAAGCGCCCGGAGCCCGCGCGUGGGCGUGGCUAACCUUCCGAUCGGGCCCGCGUGGGCGUGGCCAGCCUGCCGAUCGGGCCCGUCCGCUCCGGACCUCGCCAAGCGAGCCGGGACGCGUCGUUUCUGAGCUCGUUUCGUCGCUUUCGGCGCGCCGGCUCCCCGUUCGCGCGAGUUUCGACAGGUUCGUGCUGGCCCGCGAAGCGGAGUUCGAGCGGGACCGUGGCGUCGACAGGCGGGACUAGUCCCCGAGCGUAAUGGGAACAGAGUGUGAAGUAGCUACCAAAAAAAAGAGUGUCCGGCGCGGACCUGGACGGGAAGGCAACCGGAAGCGUGUAAAAAAAAAAGACCCGACGAGCGUUUAAAGAAGUGGAAAGAAGUGUUGUAAAUUUUGUAUCUUCGAGAUUGCGUACCGUUAUUGUACCGAGUAUAAAUAUAUAAAUAAAUAAAUAAAUAAAUAUAUAUAUAUAUAAAUAAAUAAAUCUUUAUAUAUAUAUGAGAAAUUGAAAUAUAAAUAUAUAUGUAUAAACGAAUAUCGAUCUAUGGCCCCGCGGGCCACGGGAAAGCGGCCCCGAGGCAAAUGCCGCGGGAGAGAGAGAGAACGCGUUGAGGAGGAGUGGAAAAAGUGAUUGUGCAUAAAUUAGCGGUUAAUUGCGCAUCGUAAGAUUUGCAUCUAGAUAGUCGAGCGAUGGUAAUUAAAACGAUUUAUCGCGAGCGAAAAGGUUAAUAGCCGUAAAUGACGAUUAUCGUUAUUAUUCUUAUUACACACCUAUUAUCGUCGUCGCCGAUCGGCCGUCGGCCGAUUCUCCAUUCAUUAAUCGUUCUAAUUAAUUAAUUAAUUAAUCGCGAGGGACUCGGCCAAGAGAUCGAGUUGACCACGAGCUCGAGACCGCGUUGUGAUGAUCCUUUCUGUUUGCCGAUCGUCGGGACCGUUUCGGGGGAGACCGCGUGCGCGCGCGCGCAGAUCGACGAGGAUCGAUCGCAAGCCGCGACCAACCCCCCGCCCCGCACCGAUCUAUCUAUCGAUCCCUCGCUCCGGUGAAUCAAGAAACGUAUCCCUCUUUCUACACCUUCCCGCCUGAGCUCCUCGAAUAAAAAUCGGUCCCGCGAACGAGAGGCCUCUGCACACACACACGUUUGCCCGCCGUGUUUCACCGUGUUUAAGUGCACCCCGAAGCGGGAGAUCGACCGUGGACACGAUCGAAGGUGCGUCGGGGCUGGAUCGAUCGCUCGAGCUCGCGGCGGGCCAAAGGGGCGGGGCCGGCGGGAGUGGGAGGGCUCCGGGGCGGAGCGAGCAGGUGAGAGGGGGUCGGCGACCUUGUGAUUUUCCAGAGGAACCACUUCGAAAAAGACUGAAAAGUAAGAGUUCGCGAGCCCGCUCGACACCGGCACGCCCCCCGCCCACCUCUCCGCUGGCCACGCCCCCGGAUUCUUCGUCGGACGGGUCCAGGGCCACGUGGACGAGGAAGGGGAUGCGAAUGGGGGAGGUUAUUCUCGUAAUAGUAUUAUUAGGGAGUAGCGUGUAGAGUGUUUGUAUAAAGACGCUCGCGCGAGCGUGUGAGGCGUGCUAUGGACUAAGUGGGGAUUUUGGGGGCGGAGCGUGAUUUAGCCCCGCCCAAUGGAGCUGACGGAAUGGAACAGCCGGUGGGGAGGAACGAGCGAGACGGGCACGCGCAGUUUCGUCGCGGUUUUAAUUUCGAAUGUAAAAAGCGUCAUUGUAAGAUAUCGUUGUAAAAAAAGGUUUUAACUUAAAAUAAAUUAAAUGAUAAUUCACGCAUA